AUGAUUGCCUUUAGUUUGUUGGGGGAGUUCAACAAGGAACAGGAAGCUUUCAUUAAGGAGAAGCAAGGGAAGGGCACUGAAGCUGCUGUACCACCUUGGGUUGGCUGCCCCAACGAAGAGAAUCUCAAAGAAGAAUUUCUUACUCUCUCCACCGACAGAAGGAACUUUGUCAGAAGUCCUCCUGCUGGUGUGGAGUUUCAUUUUGAUUAUGAUACAUGUUAUCCAGUUGCUAUGGCUACGUUAGCUGAGGAUCCCAAUUUGGAGAAGAUGAGGUUUGAGUUGGUUCCCAAAGUUAUCUCAGAAGAGACGUUCUGGCGAAACUACUUUUAUCGUGUUAGUCUAAUUCGCCAAGCUAAUGAACUUUCAUCUAUGGCACAAGAGGGAGCUCCUGCUUCCCGUACCACAAGUAUGGAGGGAGAACCUACAGCGAAACCUGAACAUGAUGUGUUAGUCCUGGAACAAGCACCCACAGACAGCCCUACACAUGAAUUUGUAUCCGACACUUUUCAUGCCAGCUCCAGUGAUAUUGAGGAAGUACGGGAAGGCAUGAAAAAGUUGGGUAUGGACCCUGACAAGAGAAAUGAAGAAGAAUGGGAGAAAGAACUUGAAGCUGAGUUGCAAGAUUAUGAAGUAGUUGCCGAUGGUGAUAACAACGCUGGGCAAGAUGCUAACUGGGAGAGUCAGAUCGACGAGAUGCUGGAUGAGGAAGAUCCUUGUGACCUCAAGUAGUUAGUUUACAUCAUUAGCAUCACUAUCACAUUGUUGAAAAUUGAAAGAACAUGUUUAUUUAUAUGAUAACUCAGUUUUGAGAAAUUGUAAUAUAAAAUGUAAAGACACUCCUUUUACUUUAAUGAAUUGCAGUCAAGCAAAUUGAUAAGUCUGAAGUAUGUGGCUAAAGAAAUAUUAAGAUGAUUUGAAAUUGCAUCUAUAUGAAGAAAUCAAAAGAAGACACUAAGAUACUCUUGGAAGCAAGAUGACAAUAUUUGCUUUGUAAGUGGUUAAUUUUUGUGAUUGUAAAAAAAUGUUUAUUCUGUGAGAAUGUACAAAAUUAUUUUUAGAGAUGUGUAAUUUUAUAGUUGUGAUUUGUUCAUUUGUAGUAUAAGUGUUCUAGUGUUUGUACUGGUACAGCACUUCUUUCUUCAUAUUUAAUCGCUACUAUUCAAAAUUUUAGUAUGUAUAUACAAGUUAAAACAUUAUUUUUCGAUUAUUAGGUUAAAUCCAAAGUGAGGUACUGGAUAUUUUCCUUUUAUUCCAACUGUAAUUGUAACAGUAAUUGGGGUCACAAUAUUGGUUUAUGUUACUUGAAUUUUCUUCAAUAAAAUGUGUGGAUGAUAUCUUGGUAGGAUUGUUCAUUACUGAAAUGAGAUGCUGAUAGAAUCUGAACUAUUACUUGACUAUUUACUUUGCAAUUAAAAUAUUAUAAUAAAACAUUGUUAAAUGUGUGUACAUGUAAAUAUAUACUAUAAGCUAUGGAACCACCAGUUUCUGUGUGAAAGCCAAUAGAAUGCAUGUGAGAAUGUCAUGAAAUUGUUAUGUCUAUACAUGUGAGAGAUAGUGUUUUGUUACUGAUGUUUAAUUACUAGUUGUAGUCAUUAAUUGUUGUGUGAUACAUGGUGGCUGGAACUGAAUCUACAGUUUUGAAAAUUCUGUGCCCUCUUUUCUAUUGAAUACGAUUAUAAAUUACAUAAAGUGCAUACAUGAAGUUGAGCUUAUCUGUUAAUAAAUGAGGAGUAGUAUGAAUUAUUGCAACAUAUCGAAAUUUAUUUUCUGGCCUACAACGUAAGGGCCUAAACAAGCUAAACUGGAAAGUAAAUAAUUACUGGUUUUAAAAGAAGAUGGGACAUAAAAGAUUUCUUCAUACAGUUGAUGUAAAUUUUCAAAUUUUGUUCUAUAUUCUUCAUUUAUUAUAUAGCAUUAUUUUGAAACUAAUGACAAAUUUGAAAUAAAUUUGAGAUGACUUUAGAGAAAAAAAAUGAAGUUUUGUUUUGUUCAGAGAAAAAAAAAUUAAUUUCGUAAAUCGAGAAUAAAUAUAGAGAUAUUGGAAAGAAAAUUAGUCUUUUACUAAAGUAAUUACUGUAAUAUUGCAUAUUUUCAUAACUGCCAUAUCAUUUUAUCUGAUAUACAUAAGAGUGGUGAUGCAGAAAUAUUGGAGGUUAAGAUGCAAUUGUGUGUUUUUAUAAUGGAGAGAGCUAUUAAAAGCAUUAUACAUUUGAGUUUCUACAUAAAUGGUAAUUAGUGUUUGUGAAAUGCCUUUCAAGAAAACAAGGUAUUUUUCUGACUAUAAAUGAGAGAAGUAAAAGCACCAGCUGCCAUAUCACGGAAUAGUGUUUCUUUCUGUUUUAUUUACCUUAUUAUGUAUCAAGUCGGUUGUAUACACCAUGUCCAUAUGGCAAUAAGUUUUAUUUUAUUGUUCAUAAUUGUAUAAAUAUUUGCUUUACUAUUGUGAAAGUGAAUGUGUGCUAGAUUACUUUCAGUCUUCAGCAUUAAGUGUUUGUGAUAAAUAUUGCAUUUCUUGGUGUCAACAUUCCGAACUACAUGUCUGAUGAUUAGGUCAAUAGGAAUUUAAAGUUUGAUAGAGUAGGUAUUCAGUUCUCUCUUUUUGUAAUUACUUUUCUGAAAUGAAGUUUUCAAAGAUAGGUUUUAAAACCAAGAGAAAUAUUCAAAGUAGACCAAUCUCUUAAGUUUGAAAAAUUAAUUUUAGCUAUGGACGCAAUUCCCAAAUUUUAUUAAUUUGUUUUGUGUACAUAUAGUUGGAUGGAUUGCUAGCCAUAAAAACAAAGUCUGUUACAUAUUUUGCAAUUCUGCAAGAUAUUUCUCAUGCAUGUAGCUUGAAAGUUUCAACAAACCUGAACUCUCAUCUUACUUGUGUGUGUAAAUUGUGUUGUUCUUGUGACUUUUCUCUUAUAAAAUGAUCAUCUUCAUAUGUGUAUAUAAAGAUAAUUACUAUGACUGACUAUAUUGAGUGAUGAGUGAAUUUGACUUAAUGUGCGGCUGUAUGCUUUUAAGUUUGCUCUCUUGAAUGCCAACAGCAAUUUCACUUCUACAGAACAGCAUCAUGUGAUGUACCACUUGGUUUCAAAAAUGAUAUUGUUUUAUCUCGUGCAAUUGGAGUCAGUUGUCACUAGUAUAAAAGCUGUUAACUUUCUCCCUGUUCUUUCAUUUGUACUAUUUUAUCAGUGGUAAUGUGUAAUGUAUAGAAUUGGAAUAUUCACCUUUAUUAAUGACAACACACAUACUCCUUUAACAGUUACGAACAUGCUUUGUUCAACAAUGUGUAUUCAGAAAAUAAUAGUGUAUGUAAAACAAUAAAAUAUGCAUGUAGAAAAUUGAUUAUAGAUUAACUGAAAAAUGUAAUAUUGUCACCAGUUAACAGAAAGCAAAUAAUAUAUACAUGUGUUAACUUCUUG